CAUCUUUCAGGUCAAUCCAUCAAUCAUUCAGUGAAUUAACAUAAUAUCAAGAACAAACCGUAAUUAAAGACUGAUUUGUUGACAAAGAGUUCAAUCAGAUGCAAAACGACUUAAAAAUUAAAAAACUUUCAUGAAAACCCAAUCAAAACAUGCUUAGCAGAAAGUGCUCAAAUCUCUAAGCACAGUGUGUCAGUUCGUGAGCUGAAAAAAAAAAAACAACACAACAGGUGUCCCCAACCAAACAAAUGGAGUCAAAUCCUUUGAUGCAUUUCCGUUUUUCAUUUUCGUUCGGUUUCGGUUUCAGUUUCUUUUUCGUUUUAAUUUCAAUAUUUUGGGUUUGCUUUUCGCUCGUCAACAACGCGUCCAGUCACAAAAAUGUUGCUGACAAUGAGGCGACAGAAUGAUGUGAUAAGCAGCCAGCAGCAUUCCACAGCAGUGACGACCACAAGCACAGCCACGCCGUCGCCGCCAGCAGCAGCAGCAGCAGCGCCAACAGCUACACAGCCUGCAUCGGGUUUAGAACUAGUGCCGCCUACUCCGACCACUUCACAGGAUUCGCUUAAUACGCCAACAACCCCGCUUAGCCGCAAUCCAUUGCAAUUUGCCGCACCGCACGCACCGCCACCCAUUGCAGUGCCCGGCCUAACCGCAGCAGCUCCUGCUUUUGGCUACUACAAUAGCAACAACGGUGGAGUAGCCGCUGCACCGGCAACAGCCAGCUACCUGCAUCAGUCUUCCACUGCUGACAAAGAUUCUGCCGCCCAUUCCGUGGAGCUCGACGAGUACGUGGAUAUUUUGCAGGUGCAACAGUUACUCUUGGACUCAUCAGCGGCGGCCGCAGCGGCCGCAAACCAAAACGUUUCUAAUACCUAUCAGGAACAACAACAACAACAACAUCAACAUCAGCAACAGCAGCAGCAACAGCAACUGCAGUCACUUGCCAAACCGCGCCCACGCAUCAAUCUACAGAAGGCAUCGGAUUAUGCCGCCCAAUUAGCGCAGGCUGAGACAUCCUCGCCUGCCUCGCGUCGCGUUCUGCUCGACUAUCCGAAUCCUUAUCUGUACGGGAACCAUUAUCAUCACACGCCGCCAAGCGAGGACCUCGUGGCCCUUUGGUUUGGCAGCAAUGGAGCAGGCGGCGUAGCCCCUGGAACUCCAUCAGCGGCCAUGAUCAUGGAAGGGCUUGAAACCCUGGUGGCGCCAACGCAUCACGCAUUCCUGCUCACCGAAACGGCCGCUGCGGCCCACUUCAAUGUGCUGAGCUUUGACACGUGCCUGUUCAAGACCAGCACGGCGCAGAGCAGCAGCCCCUCGGCAGCCAGUUACCUGAGCGCCGCACAGUUUGGCGGUGGCAGCGGCUUAGGCGCCGCCAGCAGCAGCUCAACUGUUGCCAGCAACAGCGGACAAACGUUGCUACACUACACGACAGCGGCCAGUCACAAUCACAACAACAGCAACAACAACAACAAUAGCAACAACAACAACUCGGUGCUGCGAGCACGCAAUCAGACAGCCACACCCACACAGGGCGGCAGUCCAGGCAACGUGGCAGCGCAGCCAAUUGCCGGCAGCGCAGCAGCCGCCAGCAGCGGACGCAGCUCGGCCUCACAUCUCAGCCUGCUUAACACCAGCCAACAGAGUCCCGUAACGGCCACAGAGCACGGCGUCGCCGUUGAGGCCAAGCAGCUGAUUGAGGCCUUGCCCGGCGAUCUUAACACGCCGGUAACCACCUCCAGCGAUAUACCCUCAUUCUUUGGGCCAUCCACAGUGGUAGAACCGCCGCCAAUUACUGGCUCAAUUGAAUCCGAGGAUCUGUCGCUGGAGCCUCAAGUUGUGUCCGUUGCCAGUCCUGUGUUGUCCUCGUGCAGCCCAUUAAAGGAGGAGCGCAGCACGCCGCCCGCGUUGUCCAUUGUCAAGGAAGAAUCAAGUAAUAAUAGUUGUAACAUGUACCCACUACACAACAACAACAGCCACCACACAACAACAACAUCAACAACAGCAACAACAACAGCCACAGCAACAACAAAACAAACAGCGAGCGAUACCAGCAACACAGAAAGCAUUGGCUCGCCCGCAGCCACAACAACCUCGGCAGCUGGCAGCAGCAGCAACAACACACAACAACAACAACAACAGCUGCACCACAACAACAACAAUAGCCACUGUCAACACAGCCACCAACAACAGCCGCAGCACUUGAGCUCGCCACAACACCAACAACAAUACCAACUUCAACAACACCAAAUACUACACCAACAACAACAACCACAACAAUUACCACACCAUCAUCAUCAUCACCACCAUCAUCACAGUCACCACCAACAUCAACACCAACAGCAACAUCAGCAACACCAACAGCAGCAACAACAACACCAACAACAGCAACAACAACAACAACAGCAGCAACAACAGCAACACUAUCAACAACAUGCACUACAGCAGCAACAACAACAACACCAACAACAACUGCCUGGCAAAAUCUCAUAUCGCGCCAUUUUCACCACGACAGGCAACGCUAACAACAAUACAAUGAGCGCCGCACAGCAACUACAGCAGCAACAACAGCAGCAGCAACAACAACAGCAGCAGCAGCAACUGGCAUCCCCACAGCUGAGCGUAUUGCCCGGCCAAAUGUCGCCUCCGUCGAAUAGCUUGGGCAACAGCUGGGGCCUGCCCAGUCCGGACAAGUCGCUCUUCCAGCCGCCCAUGUUCAGCCUGCCCGCCCACUACGCCGUGCAACAGCAGCAGCAGCAACAACAGCAAACGGCCGCGGCCACGCCCUCGCCCUACGAUGAUGGACGCGCUGCAGUGGCUGCCGCCCAACAUGCCGAGCUUCUGGGCCUCAGCAUGGAUUGCACGCCGCUGCUACUCAAACAGCCACCGCCAACCUACAGUGGUGCUACAGUAUCAACCGCCGGCUUUGCCAGCCUCGCCGACCUGCAGAACAGCCAUGAGCAGCUACAGCAGCAGCAACAACAGUAUGCCGUGCGCUCACAGCUAUCCGUGGGCACGCCCAAAUAUCAGUGGCUGGAUACGCCUGCCGACUAUGCAGCGGCUGCCGCCGUUGUCCAACAACAGCAGCAGCAGCAACAGCAACAACAACAGCAGCAACAGCAGACGCUUGUUAUGCCUGGGCCAACAUCCUCAGCCAGCUCGAGCAACGCAGCACUGGGCGUGCUCAUACCCAAGCAGGAGAGCUAUCCGGAUAUGCAGCCCAGCUCAAAUGGCACCGGCUACUCCAGCGCCUCGGCUGCUGCUGCCGCAGCAGCUGCUGCUGCCGUGCAGCUGGCCGAAUACAGUCCAUCCACCAGCAAGGGACACGAGAUACUUUCGCAGGUGUACCAGCAAAGCAGCGUGCCGCUCAAGCUGGUGCCCGUCAAGCCGCGCAAAUAUCCGAAUCGGCCCAGCAAGACGCCCGUGCACGAGCGUCCCUAUGCCUGCCCUGUGGAGAACUGCGACAGGCGUUUCUCGCGAUCCGACGAGCUCACCCGCCACAUACGCAUACACACCGGCCAGAAGCCAUUCCAGUGUCGCAUCUGCAUGCGCAGCUUCAGUCGCAGUGAUCACCUGACCACCCACAUACGCACCCACACCGGCGAGAAGCCCUUCAGCUGUGACAUCUGCGGCAGGAAGUUCGCGCGCUCCGACGAGAAGAAGCGUCAUGCCAAGGUGCAUCUAAAGCAGCGCAUCAAGAAGGAGUCCAAGCUGAAUCGCGAACAGCAUCAGCAACAGCAACAGCAGCAGCAACAAGCCGCGGCCGCCGCCGCUGCAGCAGCAGCAGCCAGUGGGCGAGAGCUAUUGGCCUACGAUGAAUUGGGCAUCAAUCUGGACCUGGCCGUGGACAUUGAUGCGAGCCCGCUGCCCUUUGAGCUAGCGCUGACCUCCGAUUAUGGAACACUCUCACCGCUGACCAGCCCGCGGCAGUUCAACUAUGUGCUGGUCAGUCCGGACUCGAGCGAGCUGCUCCUGUGCACUCAGGAUUCGCUUAGCCAAGGCCUUUAA